AAAUGGAGAUCGCUUUGCAACCGUCGCCGAAUGGAAAAAUUAAAGUGAGAGAACGUGUAAGUUUCAAUUAAACUAAAAAAAUUUGCAAAUUAAACAUUAAAAUAUAAUUAGAAUAUUAUGUUAGUGUAAUGUGUUUGUAGUAAUUAGAGUGUUGUAAGUGAUAAAAACAGAGAAAAAGUGCAUCGACAAUGGAGACUUCGCGACGAAUGCUGGACAAAAUGGAUCUCGAUGCAGAAAUGGAGAACAAAAAACGCGAACUCAAAGAAGUUCGUGAGCAGAAGAAAAAAUUACUUGAACUUCAAGAUAAAACGAGUCUUAAUUUAAAAGCAAAUUCCAAUUUGGAAUCGCAAUUAACGGAAAAAUCAAAGCAACUCGAUUUGUCCAAUAGAAAAAGAGAUAAUCUUGAGCGUGAAUUAAUAACUGCAAGAUCGGAAGCUGCAGGAAUCAAGAGAAUUUUGGAAUUGGAGAGACAAGAGAGACGAGAACUGGAAACAAGGGCAUUGAACCUGAUAAAGGGCGCAAAGAGAAAAUGGGAAAAUGCGGAAAAAGAUAAAAUUACUCAACUUAAUAAACACAUCGAAACGCAAACAACUCGAAUUGCUGAGUUGUGCUCAAGUAACAAUGAUAUGAGCGCCCGAUUACAACGCGCCGAAUCCGAAUUAAAAACAUCGGCUGCCGAAUUGAAGAAACUCCGCUCAUUUCAGGUUCAAUAUAAGGAGUCAUUGGCAAAAAUGCGCGAAUUAAAUCGUCAAAGUGCACAGGGAGUUGGCACUAAAUUGGAGCAAAUGGCGGCGCGUGCACAUAAUCAAAUUGCCGAAUUACGCACAAAACUUGAAUUGGAAGUGGCGAAAACAAAUGAUUUAGAGAGUAAAUUACGUGACGAGCAGGACUCGAAUCAUUGUCGGCAAUCGCGAUUAAAUGUUGCAUUGGAAUUAUCACAAUCUGAACUUCGCGAUUGUCAAGAACAAUUGAGAAGUUUAAAGGCAACAAUACCGGCGCGCGACGCCGAAAUGGAAGAAUUGAAAAAGGAAUUAAUUCAAAAGACCAGACAAUUGGAAAAUGCCGUUGUUAAUGAACAAACAUUCAUCAGCAUGCAGCAACAAAUUGAAAGAAUAUGUGCUGAAAAUGAACAAUUGCGAAAUCAACUCGAAGCAACGAAAUCAGAUCUCAGCGAUACUUUAAUGAGUUUGGAGCAAAGGGAAACGAUUGCUUUGAGUUUGGAACGAAUCGAACAAGACAAAGCAACUUUGGAACUUCGAUUGCGAAGUUCUUUGGAGAAAGAAGAGGAACAAUUGCGAAAGGUGAGCAAUUUAGAAGAAUUAUUGCGAAGACUCGAGCACAGUGUCUCAAAAUUGGAAACUGAGAAUGCAACAUUAAAGGCAAUUGAACACGAGAAGCCAGUACCGUCAAAACGUUUAAGCACCAAUUACAACAAUCAAAAUUAUCAUGAUAAAAAUAUAUCACAAUUGGAACAACAAAUACAAAAAUUAGAGCAACAAUUACAAACGGCUAAUGAAAAUUUGGCAGCUGAACAAAAAGUUGCAAAGCAAGCGCAAAUUUCCCUGUGGAAAAAGGAGAAGGAAUUGUCAGAUGCAAAUUUAGAUAAAAGAAUUGCAACGAGAGAGGCAAAAACGGCAGAGGAGAAAAUUAAAACCCUACAGGAGGAUAAGCAUCGUUUAUUGGAGAAAUUGAAGAAAAUGGAGAAGGACGAGGAGGAUAAGUGCGCGAAAUUAUUAAAGGAAAUGGAGAGCGCAAAGGCGUCAUUGAAUGAAAUAACUCGUGAAUCGUCACGUAAUAAAAUGCAAGCCGAUUCAGCACAAAGGGCCUUAACCCAGUCGAAUAAACAAAUGGAGGAACUCCAGAAUUCAAGUGCAGCCCUACGUCGUGAAUUGGACGCGACCCGCAAGCAAAUGCGUGGCAAUCAAGACCGCACCGAUUCAUUGAAAUCCGAGAAUGAACGAUUAAAAUUACAAAUAAGUAAACAUAACGACACAGAAGAUGAAUUUGAAGUGAAACUCGAGAAAUUACAAGAAGAAGUCAACAGCUAUCAUGUGAAUAAUGUUUUACUCAAAGAAACAUGUACAGUUCUCGAGGAGCAAUUAACCGACUACGAGCGUUUAACCAACGAUCACGAGACACGUGAAAAUACUCUAAUACAAGAGAAAAUGCGUCUGCAAAAGGAAUUGGAAUUAGCCGAGAUUAAUUUACGUGAGGCAAAAAUAGCUCAGAAUGAGGAGAAAACAAUGCGAUUAGUUGCUGAACGUGCAAUUGAACGUUUAGAAUCGGAUGCCUCCGAUAUUGAGGGUGAACGUAAUACAUUGUCAUCACAGCGCGAUGAGUAUAAAAAAUUAGCACAAAAAUUAAAUGAGGAAAUUGGUAUUUUGACAAUAAAGUGCGACACACUCGAGUGUGAUUUAUCGCAAACGCGUCGUUUACUCGAUGUCUCGAAGGAGGAGGCGAGAAUUGUUAAGGAAGAAUCUUCGCAGCAUUUAACGAGACUCCACGAAUUGAAGGAAACGAAUCAUAAUUUAAUGGCUGAUUUACAGGACACUGUGGAUCAGGGGCAUGAACUUAGGACUCGAGUGGCUGAACUCGAGGGUGUAAUGGAUGAAAUGAGACAGUUUUAUCAGGAAAGGGAAGUGAAGGCCGGAAGUACUUGUCAACAGCAGACAAAAUUGAUUGAUUAUUUACAGUUGAAACUAGAGGAAUGCAGUAAGAAGAAGAAAGGUGUUUGCGACAAGAUUUUUGGUUCGAAGAAGGAGAACGUCCCUCCUAUGGCAGUUGGAUCAGCAAUGCCGGUCGGUUACCGCGAAUUGGAGAACCAACUUGACAAGGAACGAGCGAAAGUAAAAGCACUGACGGAACAAAUGUUGACGACAAAAACGGCGCAAUUAUCGUCGCCCGUACUUUCGGCGUCACCCGAGAAGAAAUCCACCGACGUCACUGAUUUAAUGACCCGACAUUUGUCGCUCCAACGAAUGAAACACAAUAUUCCCCAUCGAUUCAAUAUAAGUUUGCCGAUGCGAGCAGGAAAGUGUUCAGCUUGUCUCGAUUCGAUUCAAUUUGGCAAACGGGCGGCAAUUUGCAGCGAGUGUCAAAUAAUGACGCAUCUCAAGUGUUCGGUGUCGGUGCCGGCAACUUGUGGCCUCCCUGGCGACUUUGCACGACAUUUUGGCAAAUAUUCGCGAGACAGUCUUAAUAGUCUGACGAGUCAGGGCGAAAGUGUGCGAACAUUGGCGAUUGAUGAGCCCGAUAAGCCGGAGCGUGAUACGGAUUAUUUGAUGGCGAAUCAAAAGGAGAGAGUUGGUGAUGAAGCGGUGACAAUGGAGAGUUGGGUGAAGGUGCCGGGCAGAGGGAAAUCGUGUUGGGAGAGGAAAUACUUGAAAUUGGAGAAUGGGAGUUUAAUGAUUUAUGAGCAUCAGCCGAGUCCGGGUAUGGUGGCGAUUAGUCAAUUGGAAUUGCCGGAGAAAAAUGGAUUUAUUAUUAAUGAAUGCGUUGAGGUAGCCGAUGUGGGGGGUACGGCGAAAUCUGAUUUGCCGUUUAUCAUUAGAGUUGAGCCGAAUUCAGUGACAACGUGCUGGCCAACGGCGAGACUUGAUAUUAUGACGCUCAGUCAAUUGGAUAAGAAGAAUUGGCUUAAGGCGCUCAAGUCGCUUUCGAAUACGGUCAAGAUUGAUAAGUAUCAGACGGUGCUGAGACUGGAGAAGAAUCAGUUGGACUUGAAUUGCCUCGUUGAAUUAAACGAGGAGGGAGUAUUGUUGUUGGGCGCCGAGGAAGGUUUAUAUUCGUAUCAAUCGUCAAAGGCGCAGGUACUCACUGCAAUUAGGGGAGUGAAGAAAGUUCAUCAAUUGACUCUUCAUCCAAAAUUGGGAUUGGCGUUGAUGAUUGCCGGCGAGGAUCGACAAUUGGUCGCUUGCGAUUUGAGACAAUUGAAAAGUAAUGCUGUCGCUGCUGAAUGUUCACGGCCUGCAAUUAAUACUAAACCCGUUCUCACCGGUUCCGAAAGCUGUCAUCUUUAUCAAGUUCAGGGCGAGAUGCUCUGCGCAGCGACAACAUCACACGUCAUACUCCUUAAGUGGACCGUUAAUGAAGAUUCCGGCGAAUUCAUUGGAAUUCGUGAACUCGAAACACAAGAGCCAUGCAGUUGUGCCUUAUUUUCGAGAAAUAUACUAAUUGUUGGCUGUAAUAAAUUUUACCAAAUAGACAUGAACACUUAUGAAAUCGAUGAUUUUCCUGAAGAGGAUGACAAUUCGAUUAAGGCUGCGCUCAUGGGUGUUGCUAGACUUGGAAUAUUUCCCGUUUGCGUUCUCGAUGUAUCGAGUAAUUCACAAUACGUUGAAUUAUUACUUUGCUACAACGAAUUUGGCGUUUUUGUCAAUGAAAAAGGACAGAGGACGCGGAACAUUAAUCCAAACUGGAGUCAUCUUCCGUUUGCAUUUGCUUAUCGCAAACCGUAUUUGUUUAUUGUACACUUCUCGUCAGUGGAAAUAAUAAAAAUAGAUUCCGAUUCAUUUAAAUCGUACUCGAAGAAAUCGGAAAGAACAUUGUUGGAGUUUAAUAAUCCACGUUAUUUGGGUUUGGCUGGUACCAAAGGUGUUUACAUAACUGCUGUUAAUACCGUUCUUGAAUUGCUGAAAAUUGAGGGAAAUUCAUUGAUACGACAUAGUGACAGUCUCACAAGUAUAGACACAUUAUGUCAAAAUGAGGACAGCACGUCUGAAUUCAGUUUUACGUCGAGUCUGAUGGACGUUCUCGAGAGUCAAGGGAGAAAGGUACAUUUUUCUAAUGUAUCUAAUCAUUAACACAAAAAAAGUCAUUAAAUUACUAAUUUUUCUAAAUCAAAGUAGUAGAAUUAUAAAUUAAUGAAUAAUACACUUUACGAUAAGUUUUUAUUGUAUAAAUUCUUCGAUAAACUUGAUUUUCAUCGAUUAAUCGUAACGACUUUUGAGAAAAACUUUAGUUUAAUUAAUUCUAUAUCAUGCAUUCAAUUUAAUACAUAAAGAAAGAAGUAACUAAUCUCAUUUUUAACUAAUUGAUAAAUUUUGAUUAAAAGAAAAGAAAGAAAGAAGAAAAAGAUCUCUCCGUAAAUAGUUCGUUUUGAUUAGUGUUCAAAAAUAUUUCUUUUCCAUUUGGUAAAAUUUUUAAUUUAUUUCUUUUUAUAAUAAUUUGACUGGCGAAAAACUUAAAAGAAAAAUACGUUGGUAUUUAAGUAUUAUUUAAAAGAGCUUGCCAUAUUGAUAUUGUUUUUUUUUUGUUUUUUUUCUCGUUUAGUAUUAUCAAGCUUUUAGAUAAGUUUUUCUUUGUAUAUUCUAGAAAUAUAUUUAAAUUUUUUUUCAGUCAGGAAAUAAGUUAUUUUAAAAUAGAAAAAAGAAAUAAGUAUAAUAUUUAGAAAUAAUUUGGCUAAGAAAAUAGGAAAAUAGAAUUUCUUCAAUUCAGUAGAAUUGAAAUUUCUUUUUUAUAGUAAAAUAUGUGUACAAUGCUAAUAUAUUUUUUGUGUAAACAAUAUUCUUAAAAAAUCCUGUAUUUUGAUCGUGAAUACCGUUUAUUGAUUCAGGAUUUUGUUUGAUUCUUCAGAAAAAAGGAAAAAAUAAAUAAAAAAACUGAUUUUUCUAAUAUAAAAAAAAA